CUCAAUCGCUCACUUUCUCUCUCUUUCUACUUUUUUAAUAGUUUUUUUAAAUAAUUUAUACUUCACUCCUUUAUCUUGCUUUUAUGUCUAUUCCUUUACACUUCCGAUCUUACUCUUCCUGAGCUCGCCUUCUUGCUUCAGUGCAGCAAAGAAGGUUCCUUUACUCCCCACAAUGUCGGAUCUUGAUGUGCCCCUCCGCCCAAAGAGGAAGAAGAUCUGGGUGGACUAUUUUGUUAACUUUCGAUGGAUUAUUGUUAUUUUUGUUGUCCUCCCUAUCUCCUUCACCCUUUACUUCCUCACAUAUCUUGGGGACAUUAGAUCCGAGAGGAAGUCCUUCAAGCAGCGUCAGAAGGAGCAUGAUGAAAAUGUCAAGAAAGUUGUAAAACGACUCAAACAGAGAAACCCAUCAAGGGAUGGUCUUGUCUGCACAGCACGGAAACCAUGGAUUGCUGUUGGAAUGCGCAAUGUUGACUAUAAGCGGGCUAGGCAUUUUGAGGUUGAUUUAUCUGCCUUUCGAAAUAUCCUUGAAAUUGAUAAAGACAGAAUGGUUGCAAGAGUUGAGCCCCUAGUCAACAUGGGGCAAAUCAGCAGGGCCACUGUUCCAAUGAAUCUGUCCCUUGCAGUAGUUGCUGAGCUUGAUGACCUUACUGUUGGUGGCCUCAUCAAUGGCUAUGGGAUUGAAGGUAGCUCUCACCUUUAUGGCCUGUUCUCUGAUACUGUUGUGGCCUAUGAAAUUGUUCUAGCUGAUGGCCGAGUUGUUAGAGCUACCAAAGAUAAUGAGUACUCCGAUCUUUUCUAUGCUGUUCCAUGGUCUCAGGGUACACUGGGAUUUCUUGUCUCUGCUGAAAUCAAGCUUAUACACAUUAAGGAGUACAUGAGGCUUACAUACAAGCCUGUUGUGGGUAAUAUAAAGGAACUUGCACAGGGAUAUAUUGAUUCUUUUGCUCCCAGAGAUGGAGACCAGGAUAAUGCAGAGAAGGUUCCAGAUUUUGUUGAGACCAUGAUUUAUAAUCCAACUGAAGCUGUAUGCAUGACAGGUAAGUAUGCCUCAAAAGAAGAGGCCAAGAAGAAGGGAAAUGUAAUCAACAGUGUUGGAUGGUGGUUCAAACCCUGGUUUUACCAGUAUGCACAGACGGCACUAAAGAGAGGAGAGUUUGUCGAGUAUAUCCCAACCAGGGAGUAUUACCAUAGGCACACUAGGUGUCUAUACUGGGAGGGAAAGCUUAUCCUUCCUUUUGCAGAUCAGUUUUGGUUUAGGUUUCUCUUGGGCUGGUUGAUGCCACCCAAGGUUUCUCUGCUCAAAGCUACUCAAGGUGAAGCGAUCAGGAACUAUUACCAUGAGAUGCAUGUAAUUCAGGACAUGCUUGUUCCUCUUUACAAGGUUGGGGAUGCUCUCGAGUGGGUCCACCGUGAGAUGGAGGUAUAUCCCAUCUGGCUUUGCCCACAUAGACUGUACAAGCUCCCUGUCAAAACUAUGGUGUAUCCUGAACCAGGCUUUGAGCUACAUCGCAGGCAGGGAGACACACAGUAUGCUCAGAUGUACACUGAUGUCGGGGUCUACUAUGCACCUGGCCCUGUCUUGAGGGGUGAGGUUUUUGACGGUGCUGAGGCAGUCCGUCGAAUGGAGAGCUGGUUGAUCGAAAAUCAUGGGUUCCAGCCUCAGUAUGCAGUAUCUGAACUGAAUGAGAAAAACUUCUGGAGGAUGUUUGAUGCUGGUCUCUAUGAGGAAUGCAGGAAGAAGUAUGGAGCUGUGGGAACCUUCAUGAGUGUGUACUACAAGUGCAAGAAGGGAAGGAAGACGGAGAAGGAGGUGCAAGAGGCCGAGCAAGCCCACCUUGAAACAGCAUACGCCGAGCUUGACGAGCCAGUUGACUGAUUUUUAAGUGAAAUUUGAAUUUUAUCCGGUAAGUUUCCUUGUUUUUUUGUCCUCCUGAUUUGUGGUUGUCUUGGUAAUUUUAGUUCAUUUUCCCCUGCCGGUCAGGUGCGGUAGUUGUUGAGAUUAUUAUCGAUUACUUUGGGGUUUCCUUAACGGAUUAGAUUUACACUGUCCGUAGCUUUUAAUGAGUAUUUGACUAUGGUUUAUGGCC